GCAUAUAUUACAUAUUUAUUUUCACGGAUGAAACCCUCUCAUUUUGGGUACACCUUGACGUCGGUGGGAGGGCUCAGUACCCUAAAGGAAUUUAUCUUGAAGGGGAAGCCAAGUACCCAAGCGGUAUUAAUGUUUAUGAGACGCGUUUCAUUGAUAUCCCCUUUUGCAUUUUUCAUUAACGCUCUUCUUCUGGUAUUGAUCUGCGAAACGGGAUAUUAAUUUGUUUAUUCGCAAAAAGUUGAAAUUAAUAAAAAAUAAAUUGGACAUCUCAUUUCUAAAAACGAACUCUUUGUCACGUUUCAAUUAAUUUAAAUUUCGAAAGUUCCGUGUAAAAUAUCGCGCGUCUGUUUUUAUCGCAAACAGUUUGUCCCGUCUUAAUUAUAGUUUGGGAGUGCCGUGAAAAGUAUCGCGCGUAGGUUAAUUAAAUCGGGAGUGCCGAGAAAAGUAUCGCGCGUCGCUUAAUUAAUUCGGGAGUGCCGUGAAAAGUCGCGCGCUCGUUUUCAGUCGCGGACGAUUCGGGCAAUUACAUUAUUAACAUUAAUAUUAACGUAUUUUCGAGUGAGUACAAUGCCUGAUGAAUCCUGAAGAACAACCUGAGAGAAAGGGGAGAUCUAGGAGGCAUCGGACGACGGCGGAGCAGCUUUGGGAUCAUCGUAGAGUCUACAUAGUUAACUCCGCUGCUGUGCAUCAACGAACAACAGUCAUGGUCGGAUCCACGAAAGUUGAAGAGGGCAAGGGCCCCAAGAUCGAGACCUUCGACGACAUCCUGCCAUAUGUUGGUGAAGCGGGCAAAUACCAGUUGUUCCUGUUCUUUGUACUCUUACCCUUCACAAUUGUUUAUGCCUUUUUAUACUUUGCACAAUUCUUCAUCACUCUCGUGCCCGCCGAAUAUUGGUGCACUAUACCGGAGCUGGAGCACUGGAAUUUCACAGAUCAUGAAAAGAUCGCGAUAGCGAUUCCCCCGGCUACGGAAGCGGAACUGCUGCUGGAAAGCUCCACGGUGUUUUCGAGAUGUUAUAUGUAUGAUGUAAAUUACACCGAACUGCUCGCACAAGGUGUCAGGCAUGCCAAUGAGUCGUGGCCAAUAGUCCGUUGCAAUCGAGGAUGGACCUUCAAUCAUACGAUGAUACCGUACGCCUCGAUCGCUGUCGAGCUCGAAUGGAUUUGCGACAAGACUUUUCUCAGUUCCGCGGCCCAAUCGGCCUUCUUCGUCGGCAGCAUCAUCGGUGGUCUAAUAUUCGGCUACAUAGCCGAUCGUUACGGCAGAAUCCCGGCGUUAGUGAUCUGUAACGCGGUAGGAUUUUUCGCCUCUAUCGCAACCGCUUUCUGCAAUAGUUUCUUGACCUUCUGCAUCGCAAGAAUGAUUGUUGGUUCGUCAUUCGACAACUGUUUCAACGUUCUCUUCAUUAUCGUGAUCGAGUACGUUGGUCCGAAGUAUAGAACCCUGGUGGCGAACAUGUCUUUCGGAAUUUACUUUGCUUUCGCCGCUAGUAUUUUGCCAUGGAUCGCGUAUUGGAUAUCAGAUUGGAGAAUUUUAAGUGUCGCAACCGCAUUCCCGAUGAUCGUCGCUUUCAUUAGUCCAUGGAUAAUUCCAGAAAGUGCACGAUGGUACAUUACAAGCGGCAAGAUUGAUAAGGCGAUCGAAAUGCUGAAGAAAUUUGCGAAGGUCAACGGUAAGGAGGUGAAACAAGAGGUGUUCGAAGAGUUCGAAAAAAGCUGCAAGAAUUUAAUCGAUAAGGAUCAAUCGCACAAUCAAUACACCGUACUGCACCUCUUCAAAUUGCCUCGUCUAGCUCGUAUUACCAUCAUACUUAUUAUUUAUUGGCUGUUGAUGGUUUGGGUAUUCGACGGACACGUUUGGAACCUGAAGCUCUUGGAUCCCGACGUGUUCACGUCGUUCUCCCUAGCCGCGUUGACCGAGCUUCCAGCAGCGAUUUUGCUGGCGCUAUUCCUUGACAGAUGGGGCAGACGAUGGAUGGGUUUCGCUUCUAUGUUUAUGUGCGGCAUGUUUUCUUUCAUUGCCCUCAUCACACCUCCCGGCGUACUAACCGUCACCAUGGCGAUCUUGGCGCGCCUUGGUGUCAAUAUCGCCGCGAAUAUUGGUUUCCAAUACGCGGCUGAAAUGUUGCCGACCGUAGUGCGGGCGCAAGGUGUGUCUCUGAUUCACAUUAUUGGCUACUUCGCUCACAUCAUUGGACCUUACGUGAUUUAUUUGGCCGACGUCCAUCCGUCUUUGCCUUUGAUAGUUCUUGGCCUUUUAUCAUUCCUGGAUGCAUUCUUGACUUUAACGUUACCGGAAACCUUAAAUCAAGAGUUGCCCGAAACUUUGCAAGAGGGUAACGACUUUGGCAGAGAUCAGAGUUUCUGGUGGAUUCCCUGCAUAUCUUCAACUCCGCAAUUGAAAAAAUCGCUGAGAAAGAAGAAAAAGAAGGAGGGUUUGACAAAUGCGGGCUUUCAUCACGACAGUAUUCAGACGAUCGACUCCACGAGAUUAUAGUGACCGAUUCGUUCCUAAAUAUCGAAAUUGCCAAAUCGUUGUAAAUAUCGCGGAUAAAUCACCGGCACACAAUGUGAUCAUUUUAGAUAUUAAGCUACGAGAUCAAGUGCGGUAUGUGUGUGUGUAUAUGACGCGCGAUGAUCAACCAAAAUGCACAUAUAUAAAGUGGCGAUGUAAAGAAAGGUUCAGAUACGGAUAGGGAUGCGAAUGCACUUUGAAGCUGAACGCGAUCGUCUCAAGAGUGCCAGAUUUUAAAUCUGCAUUGCAUUUCUUUGCGAUAUGCUUUACGUCACAUUGUUACAAUAUUUUUGACUCGCGCAGAAAGGAUGCAGCAUGUUAUGUACAAAGUUAUUUAAUUUCAUGUGUACAAAGUUAUUUAUAGCUUUAUCGAGAGAAAUUAUUCAUAGUAACUUUGAAUUUUUUUUUUGCAGUAUCAUUUAUAAAAUAUCAAUAAGGUAAAAAUCGAAAAAAUAUCGAUGAAUUCGAUUUUCUUAUGUUUUAAAGAAUCUUACGUCAGUUAUCGCUUACGGUAUGCAAAUGCGCGAAUUCAACGAAAUUAGAUCAGUUUCAAUAUCUAUUACGUUCGACUCUUCACUCAUUGUUCCUUAAGAGGCAACAUAUUUCUCAUGUCGAAUAAGAUAAGAUUGUCUUAUUAUAUUCAAUAUUUUUGGAAUAUAAUGUGACAGACUAGACGAAUUGUGUAAAUGGAUGAGAUCGCUGUCGCUUUCUUGAUGCGUCAUCAAGAAUUGUUGCGUAAUUGCUGACGGCUAUCUCGAAUUAAUUAACGUUACCUAAAUAAAAAAUUUUUAGUAAUUUAAUAUAAAAAUAGAACUAGCGUAAUCUUUUUCACAUCCUGCGAUGAAAGCAUCUCUUAUCUUUCUCUGCCAAAUGUGAAAAUUAUAAAAUAUAUAUGAGACUACACUUUUCAUAUUUCACUUUCGUUUCGCUCAUCAACAUCAUCUAGAAAGCAAUCGAAUAAUGUAUAAAAUUAAAAAAAAAUUAUCAUAUCCU